AUGAACCUGAGAAUUGUCUUCAUUCCUUGUAUUAUAAGCUUUGCAUUUUCUCAGUGCUGUCUAGAAUGCAAUGGCUGUACAAAUCCUUGUUCCUCUUGCAACACUGGAUUUUAUUUAAUUGGAAGUCUAUUAUGUGUAGAUGCAUGCCCUUCAAACUCUAAUGCAAUUAUGCUACCUGGGAGUGUAUUUGGAUGCACCGCCCCUUCUGGAAUACUAUUUUCUAUUGAUUUUUCAUCUCAGCAAGACCUCACUGCUCACAAUAUCGGGGAAUUUAUGACACCAUCCUCAAUAGCAUUUAACUCAUUAACCAAGGUUACUCCUUUACCAACUUUAGAUCGAGGAUUUUAUUUUGAAGGAUCAUCAGGCUUGAUAGAUACUUACAAUUGAAUCCCGUCCUACCUAUUUUCGCUCAAUGUAUGAAUUCUUCCUAUUUCCCCUGGUGUUAUUUUAAGUGUUGGGAUUGGUGGAACUGAGUAUAUCAGAUGUGAAACGGUUGGGUCAAGCUAUAAAAUCACAUCAUUGUUUAAAAGUCAAAUAUCAUCACCAUAUACUGAAAGCUUACAAAUAAGCGGACUAUUAAUUCAAUGGCAAGCAGUAACCCUUCAAAUUGAGCAGACUGAUUAUCGUACAAUAAAUCUAAAUAUUAUUAUUGGCGGAUCCAGCAAUACGAAAACGAUAUUCAGUUUUCUGUUUUGUGCCAAAAUAUCUUAGGGCAUCUAGCUCCAUAUAAAACUGAAUAUUCAUAUUGAUUUUUCAAUACAUAUUACUGUAAAAUAGCAUAUCAAAUUUAGAGGCAAAUUAUCCAAAUUUAGCUUAUAAAUGAAUUAUUGGUAAAAGCAGCUUUGGAAAUUCCUUUCAAGGAUUUCUUUAUUCUCUAGUUGUUCGGAGUGAGAUAUUGGGCACAUCAAUAACAAAAAAUCUACCAAACUGUUUAAAUAAUUAUUAUUGAGAUGGCCAAUCAUGCAAUCAUUGCUCAGGAAGUUGUGGUGUGUGGCCUUGGUGUGUUAGAGGAACAGAUUGUUCUUAUUGUGCUAGUCCUAACUGCUCUAUAUGCUCUGGCUAUCUUAGCUCAAUGUGCACUAGCUGUGCAAAUAAUGAAAGUCCACCAAGUUGUUGUGAUGCUUCAUGUGCUACUUGUUCAGGGCUAGGAUACUAUUCAUGCUCUUCAUGCUACUCUGGAACAUUUUUAUUACCUCAUUCUAAAAAAACUAAAAGGUGUUAAAAUUUUAAUCGAAAUAAAAAAUCAAUUCAAUUAAAUUAUUUUAAAAAAUUAAUAAUAUUUAUUGGGAAGUAAGAGGAAUAUGCAUUCCAUCAUGCCCAUCAGAGUAUACAGAAGAUAGCACUUUGAAUCAAUGUGUUGUAAUAUCAAAUUUAAUACUCUCUGUAUCCUUAAAUGACCAAAUUGUAUUGGAUGAGAUCAAUGGAAUUGAUAUCGGUAGCAAUAAUACAAAUAAGUAUCCAGAAUUUGACAUAAAUGAUCCCAUACCUGCUUACUUAAGAGGAUACUAUUUUUCAUCCAACUCUCUCAUGUAUUCAGAAGGAAAAUAUCUCUCCCCAUGGUUUUCUCUUAAUUUUUGGCUUUAUCUCAUGACAAGUGGUAGUCUUUUCAGCAAAUUUUCAACUACAGAUUUAGCUAAAAUAUCAUUUGUCUCAGGUUCAGCAUCUGUUAAGCUCACUUUAUCUGAUUCUUCAAUAAUAUCAUUUACUGGAUCGACUUCUCUUUUAAGCUCUUGGCAUUAUUUAUCAGUAACAGGGACUGUUAUUUCAGGCGAAACAGUGCUAUCUCUUUAUAUUGACAACUCUCUUGACACUUUAAAAAGUUCUAUUAGUCUUGCUUAUUUAUAUGAUAUAGCUUACACUCCGUUUUAGAUCGGCGUUGAGUACCCUCUCCUCAUGCCACCUACCCCCUAACGGUCCCAAAUAUUUUAACAUGUUGAAUAUUAAUUUGUCAAGCUAAAAUAUUUGAGGGGGGCUUGUCUAAUAAAAUUUAAACAUAUAAAAUUUUCAAGAACGUCAGAGGGUGGGUGACAUAGGGAGGGGGCACUUAAUGGUGAGCAACCACAAGAAGAAAAAUUGAUAUUACCCUACCCUAAAUUAGCAUUUCCCACACACAAGAAUCCACACCUCCUCGUCCCAUUUCUCAGCAUUCCCAGUCCCAAACAACUCAGAGCCAAUUUCCCACAAAAUCAGAGCCAAUUUCCCACACAACUCAGAGCCAAUUUCCCACACAACUCAGAGCCAAACAACUCUGAGCCCCGAGCAACCAUAAGGGGUGUGCUAUAUAGGGGAAAUGACUAUUGGUGGGACUUCUAGCAGCUUUGAAGGCUAUUUAUGAAGUUUCGAACUGUAUAAUGAUGAAACUAAAUGAUCUGCAAGCUGAAAUACUGCAGGAUGUGGAUCUGGAUGCUCAGUUUGUCCAAUUGGACUUUCAUGCCCAACUUGCCAAUUCUCAGAAUACCUGGAUUCUACUUCUUCCUGCUCAAACUGUUUAGCUUCUUGCACUGAGGGAUGUAGAAAUUCAGAUAUAUGCGACCUUUGCAAAUCAUAUGCAUGUGCUGAAUGCACAUCAUUCUCUGGAAGCUGCUUAUCCUGCAUAGAUAAUGCAUCGCUAGAUGGAUCUGGCGGGUGUAAAUGCAAUUGAAGUUUUUAUUGAAAAUCUUCAAUUUCAGACUGCUUUUUAUGUGAUAUGAAAUGCAAAACUUGUCUAGAAGUGGGGCAUAAUUAAAAUAUGGCGUCUCAACUUGGGUCUCGAGCCCUAUUUUAAUUAUAUCCGGCAAAGUUUUGCCAUUCAGAGAUGAACGGCAAUCCUAGAUAAGCAACUCUAUGGCGUACAAAGCCUAGCCCUAGUCUAUUCUCAGGGGUGGAUUUUACCUAAUGGGAAGGAAGGCACAAUGGUUGGAAAGAGAAAGCACUGCAACUUCGUAAAGAUCAAUCGGGCAACUCCUUAGCGUGAAACCAAGAGUUAAGCCUCGGGCCUUGUGAUUUUCCUUUUUGCCGUGAUUCGGCCAGAAAAUCCAUUUUUUGGAUUUUCCUAGCAGGCAACCCAUGUCACACGUAUAUCGCCAUCUUGGCCGGCAACUGCGCGGAGUCACAACCUAGUGUAACAAAGCAGAUCAGCCCAGCGGCCUGUGGGCCCGGUGUGGUGAAGAUGCAGUGGGAAGCUCUGGGUUUAGGCAACUCCAUAAAGGGCGUUAAACUUAUAAAUUCUAAUGUAAUGUCUAGAAACGGGACUAUUUGAGUGCUCUAUAUGCCGCUCAGGAAAGUUUCGCAUUGAUCUGGUGUGUAUAAAUGAAUGCCCAUAUGGCUUUGAUUCUAAUUGUAAUCAGGUAACAACUCCUGUUGUAGAUCAAAAAUUUGACAUUAGUUUUAAUAGCAGCUAUGGAAUUUUCACAGUAAAUUUAGAUGCAAAUAGGCUUGCUUUUUUUGAUGCUUUGGAUCCCUCUGAUCCUGUGCCUCCGUCUCAGAGAGGGGUGUUUUUAUCCGAACUGAUGUAUUUGGAGUCUUCAAAUCUAUAUUUAUCACAUAGCUGUUCUAUGGGAUUUUGGACUAAUAUAAUGGUUGAUGGAGAUUUAAUACACUAUGCUGGCGCUGAAUCUGCAUUUACAGUCACUCAAAGUAGUCCUCCAAGCUAUUCUUUGCAAUAUUAUCUUGUUGAUAGAAAUAUAUCUAACGGUGAAUAUCAGGUAUCAACAACUGUUAAUUCAGGCUGAAAUUAUAUUUCCUUUACAUUUCAAUAUCUUAAUUCAGGGACUCAAGUUACUAUUUUUCUUAAUGGAAAUGCGAUGGGAGCCCAAUAUACAUCUGAUCGGAUCUUUCGUCCAAGAUCAUCUGCAAAAAUGCAGCUAGGAUAUAGCUCAAUAUGAAUGGUUGGAUAUUUUUACAGUAUUCAGAUAUGAAAUGUUGCAAUAUUUGAUUUUUCUCAUUAUAUAAAUGAUGAUUCUUGUGGUACUGGAAAUGGAGUUAACUGUCUUUACCCAUAUGAUAAAGUAUUUUAUAAUGAUACAACUAACUGUGGCUUAUGCACAAAUGAUGUAAAUUUGGGAUGCUCAAGAGGAAUUAAAUGCAAUCAGUGCUAUAGCAAUCUUUGUGCAUCAUGCACAGGAUAUGGACCUAACUUGUGUACUGCCUGCUGUGCACAUGCUUCAGGGUUUCCAGGAGACUGCUUUUGUGAUGAUGGAUAUAGACCCAUUCAUGUAUAUGAAUGUAAAUUAUGCCCAACAGGAUGCACUGUAUGUGGUAGCGAUCUGUUUAGCAGCUGCUCAGAAUGUUUUCCUAAUUUUUAUUUACUAUUUGGAGUUUGCAACGCAAACUGCCCAACCGGAUACAUUAUAAAUACCGUUAACAAUACAUGUGACAUUAGCUCAAUUUUAGCCUUCUCUAUUGAUUUUCAAGACUUUAUUCUUUUGGAUACAAUUGGUUCAUUGAAUAUUGGGAAUGAUCCAACCAAUAAAUACCCAAAUUAUGAUGCCAAUGAUCCAUGACCAGCAGAUAAUAGAGGCUAUUAUUUUUUAGGCUCAAGCGUUGCAUAUACAAGUUUUAUGUUUGGACCAACUUUUACUAUAACAAUGUGAAUUAAGCCUCUGCAGACUGGGGUGGUUUUGCAGAAAUGGACUUCAUCAUCUAAAGUGCUAGUUUAUAUUGACUCAGGCGGCGCUGCCACAUUAACUAUCACAUUUGGCAGCGGCUCUCUUUCAGCGUCAUCAGUUUCAAGCCUCUUUAACAAUUGGUGCUAUUUCUCUGCUACAAGUUUUUUUAAUAGUACUGAUGCUACAACAGAUUUAAAUAUAUACCUAAAUGGUCUACUAAAACAAACAAAAUCUUCAGGAGCAAACUGAAUUGGAGAUUUACCUUCAGGAUUUCUGUAUAUAGGAGCUGAUUAUACCAAAAGUAAUGGCUUUGUUGGGUUUUUAACAAGAGUCAAUAUUUAUAAUGAUGAUGCACAUUCAGACUCUGAUUUUGUGACAGCUUGUAAUGGAACUUGUGCAGCAUGCCCAGUAUCAUUGAAUUGUUUUAGUGACUGUGCUUUAAAUAAAUACCCUGACACGUGCGGAUCUUGUGCAGGAUCAUGCAAUAAAGGAUGUGUAAGAGACUUGACAUGCAGACUAUGCAAACAGCGAGAGUGUUUAGAAUGUGAAUCGUUUUCUGGGAACUGCACAAGCUGCAUUCCUAAUGCUUCUUUAGACUCAGGAUCAUGUUUUUGUGAUCAAAAUGCUUUUUAUGAUUCGCUAAGCCAAAAAUGCCUUAUUUGUGAUUAUUUGUGUGAUAUCUGCUUAACUGAUGCUUUUUUUGAAUGCAGUAGCUGCACGGCAGGUACAACCCAGAUAAAUAAUACGUGUUUGCAUGACUGUCCUUACGGAUUUGAGCUCCCUGGAUGCAUCCCUACUAAUAAUAUAAUAAUUGAUGAGCUUUUUUAUGGAACAUUCCAAGGAAGCUAUGGAAUUUUGACUACAGGUAUAGACCCUUUAAAAUAUUAUUUUUGAAAUAAUUCAGAAUCUGUUGACCCAAUUCCUGCAGUUAAUAGAGGUCUUUAUUUUACAAAUGGUAUGUAUUUAGAGACGAAUACUAGUAUUUAUCUUUUUCAUAGUUUUUCAUUAGGAAUCUGGAUAUAUAGUGUAACUUAUGGGGAUGUUCUGUAUAAGCAAGACAGGCUUGUUUUGAAAUCUAAUGGGCAAUUGCAGAUAGUACUAGAGGAUCCUUCUCAAACAGCAAAUACUAUGACAACCUCAGCUCUUUCAAUGAGUGGCUGGAAUUAUUUAUCAAUCUCAAUUAACUACACAAGCUCUUCCACCUCUGUUACAGUCUACCUUAAUAAUAUAGUAAAAUCAUCAAUCAUAUACACAGCUUAUUUAUUCAGAGAUGCAGUAUAUCAUACAAUGAUUAUUGGAAAAAGCACUUCCCUAUUAUUUUCAGGGUUUAUCUAUGAAUUUACACUGUGAAAUUAUGCAGUUGCAGACUUUUCAGCAAAAACCAAUAAUUUAUGUGGAAUAAAUAAAGGCUCAUCUUGUCUCUGAAGCUGUAAUUUUAAUCAAUAUCACGAUUCUUUAUCAGGCUGCAAUUCAUGCAAUUCUUGUACAGAAGGUUGCAGGAAUUCUGAAAAUUGCAACGUAUGCUACGACUCUUUAUGCGAAAUUUGUUCUGAUUUUAACGAAGGCUCAUGUGUUAAAUGCAUCUCCAAUUCCAAUCUUAUAUCAGGUGGAUGCUUUUGUGACCCAAGCUGCUACUGAGACACAAUUGACCAAACGUGCUCUAUUUGUUAUUAUAAAUGCUCAUCUUGCACAUCUAAUAAAGAAUACGACUGCACUUCAUGCAAAACAGGCUACGUAUUACUUGAAGGAGUUUGCACAACUUUUUGUCCGCUUGGCUAUGCUAAUAGUGCAGGUAUCUGUACUUUAUAUAAUGAUUUUAUAUUUAAUUUGAAUUUUAAUACCCUCUCAGGGAUUAUUCAUGACGCACAAAGCUAUAUUCCAGUGAUGACUGGCAACUCAUCAGAUUUUUAUCCUAAUUAUGAUAUAGAUGACCCUAUAGCAGCCUAUUUAAGAGGAUUCUAUUUUAAUGGAGUAAGCAGUGUUAUGCAUCUUCCUAUACAUAAGAAUUACAGCUCUCCAAAGCUUACUUUAUCUCCAUCAUUUACUAUUUCUCUGUGGGUAAAUCCUGAAAACUCAAACAGUUGCUUAUUUUAUAAAUCUCGAAGCACCAUCGUCAAUUCUCAAAUGGUCUAUGUAAGCCUUGUAAAUUAUUACCCAUCUCUUUUGCUGAAUCUCAAAGGAAGUCUUAUUUCUCAUAAGUGUGAGAACAUUAUAUCAGCUUCUGAGUGGAAUCAUAUAUCUUUUACAAUAGAUUUUGAUUCAUCAAGAAGUACAGUAAUUACAUGCUUUAUUAAUACAAUUUCUUCUACAAAUCCAGCUAUUUCUACUUCUAAUUAUUAUCUGGAUGAUAUAAAUAGCGUUUCUGUCAAAAUUGGAGCUUUUCAGCAGGCCGCAGAUACUUAUAUAAAUUAUUUUAAAGGCUUUUUGUUUAAGCUAUCAAUAUAUAACUCAGUUAAACCAAUAUCAAGAUUAGCCCUGGAUUCUGCAUUAUGCAAUGAAAAUUGCAAUUCUUGUCCUGUCACAAAGACCUGUAUCCCAAAUUGUAAAAUUUCAGAAUACUGAAUAGGCCCUUCUUAUUCUAAUUGCUCCAACUGUAGCUCAAACUGUACUUUUGGCUGCAAAGAUUCUAGCCAAUCUUGCUCUCUGUGCUAUAAUAAAAUAUGUCAACUAUGCUUGGAUUAUACAGAAAAUGGGUGCAGCAAAUGCAAGCCAAAUGCCAGUAAUGAAACUUCUUGUGACUGUGACUCUCCUUAUUCAUGAAACCCAUAUUAUGACAGCUGUGAAGUAAUUUCAGAUGGCCAAUACUGAGGAGAUGACGGAUUGGCCCAUUCUUGUACUCAAAAAUGCCAAAAAUGCACAAAUGAAACUGCUUGUGUCAAAUGCUUAAAUAAUACUGAAAUUAUAAAUGGCGAGUGUGUUUGCCUGCACGGAUAUAAUGGAACAAAUACUUGUGAACUACUUACGUUUCAAGCUUCACUGAAAGUGGAUGUGGAUAAUUCUUUAUAUCUAACUUUUACUGAAGAGCUAAAAUUUCAAUUAAGCUAUGGGGAUUUCAUAAUUAAUGUAGAAGGAAAAACAAAUUGCAAAUGAUAUUUUGAGAUUCAAGGGCCUAGUAAAUAUUUUAUUUCAAUAGAUUUCAGUUCUAGUGUUUCUGCUGGAACUAAAGUUAUAUUAACAUUUACAAAUAGCUCAAAUAUUUUUUCAAUAUAUGAUGCUGUCCUUGAAAAUAUCUCUUUAGAAGGCUCGCUUUAUAAAUACGAAUACACUUCUCCUUAUAUAGAAACUAUUGCACAGCAAGCCACUGCAGGGUCUCAAAUUGCAGUAGCCACGUCUUUAAUUUCUUCUUUUGUAACUCCAAAUCCUUCAUCUCUGUGAAGUAUGACCAAUGUUAUAGAAGUUUUAUCUUUCAUUACCUUAUCUGGCAUUCCGUUAUCAGCGUCAGUUUAUACUUUUUUGAAUAAUUUGAAUAGCUUUAAUAUAAUGCCAAAUAUUUUUGAAAAAUAUGUGGAUUCAAGUAAUGGAGAAAAACCAUACAAGCAGGCUUAUGAUUAUGGCUAUGAAACAAACUUGUUUCUUUUAAACUGUGGCAGUAUACUAACAAGCUUGUGCAUAAUUGUUAUAUGCUUUCCGAUAGUCGCAUUUUUAUCUAAAUUCUCUCAUUGUUAGAGGCCAAAGUUAUCUUGCUCUCGAAGAAAAGGGGUUAAUUAUUUUUAUUAAUAUUUUUAUAUAUAAAAAAAAUUUUCUAUUAUAAAAAUCUCAAUUUUUAAAAUUUAAAUUUAAUUUAUAAAAAAGUAAACUGUCAAAAUUUUAAUAGAAUCAUGAGAUUUUUAAUAAUUAUCAUUAAUAUAAUUUUAUAUUAAAAAAAAUUUGCUCAAAAAAGAUUAAUUUUCCCAAAAAUAAGGAUUUUUCUCGUGGCUUUGAUUGCUCAAAAGGAGUGUAAGUGUACGUAUAGGUGGAUAGGGAAAAAGUUCACUGAACAAUUGCGGGAAUAUAAAUUCUCUGUUUUUAUUAGAUUUUGGCUAGAAAGUUAUAUAGAGAUUGGAGCUGCAGCUUUGAUUGGACUUUUAAAUGUAAUUAUCAUAUAGUUCCCUGUAAAUAAUGGUACAGAAAUAUUUAAUAUUAUUAUUUGCUUGCUCUUUGAAGUAACUCUUACUUAGAUUCUUAUUGCAAUAACUCCAAUUGCCAUGCACUAUUUUCUAUUAAAAAAUCGGAAAAAAAUCAUGAGCAAAAACAAAAAAUUAUUGAAAAAGUGGGAUUCGCUAUUCUAUGAGUUUAAUAUCGAUAAAAAUGUUAUGAGCAGCCAGUAUUAUUUGCUUUUUAUAUGAAGAAGGCUGAUAUAUAUAAUGUCGCUAAUUUUGCUUAGAAAUUACCCAGGCGCUCAAGCAGUCAUAAUUGUUGCUUUAUCUGCGAUAUUUACUUUGUAUAUUGUAAUUUAUAAACCACAUAAAGAUUCAGUGCUUAGAAUUUCUAAUAUUUAUUCAGAAGCCACUGUUUUGCUUGUGGUCAUUCAAAUUUCUCUUUUUGUAUUUGACCUAAGUAGUGGCUUGCAAAGCUUUCUUGAUGAAUCUAUCAUAAUAUGUGUUGGAAGCAUUGUAAUUUCGCAGAUGAUUACUUCUAUCGUAAUAUUUUCCAGAACUAUAUAUACAGUAUUAAAACCUAAAAUUGAUGAUUUACUAAAGAAAAGGUCUCUAUCCAAAAAAAGAAUUGUUCCUAAAAACGACACAGAGAAUAGUCUGGAUGUUGAAGAUAUAAAUUAA